AUGGUCAGUGAGAAAUGGAGCACAACUACUCUUCUUGGGGACUCGUUAACGGAACAGGGUUACUUAUCCGGCUGGGCCUCGCGCCUUAGCGAGCGUUACGUGCGCCGCGCAGAUGUGGUGAAUCGCGGGCUAAGCGGCUACAACACACGCUGGAUACUGGAUAUACUGAAUGAUGACGAGAGGCGUCAUCAUCUUCUUCCCCCAUACAUCAACAAGCCGCUAUUUGUGACUCUAAUGCUUGGGUCCAAUGAUUGCGCUGGCUUGCCUCAACACGUGCCACUGGAGGAGUACAGGGUGAAUCUGAAGGCAAUUAUUGGCCUUGUGCGCAAGCACGCGGCCCCUGUUGGCGGCAUAUUUCUCAUGUCACCCCCACCCUUUGACGAUGAUGGACGGCAGCAGUGGCUGAGGAGUCAGGGCCGCGACCCUGACUCUUGUAAGCGCAGGUUUGAAGCCAUGCGGCACUACCGUG